AUGGUCAAUAAUAAUGUAGAUUUGAUAAUUUAUUUUUAUUUAGGCUAUUUAUAUUUAUUUAUUUUUUAUAUAGGCUAUUUAUAUUUUCUUUUUUUUAUAUAUUGAAAAUUCGUAAAUAUUAGUUUAUAUGACCAAUGCAUUACUGACUGGAGAAUAUUUGUCUUUUUUUGCAGAGAUGAAUCGCUUUCUGUGCCUCCUGGCUGCAGUUCUUUACCUGUGCUUGCAAAGCCAGGCGGAUGCGAAAUCCCAAUUGAAGAGGAGUAUCAUUGAGAAAGCUGUGAUUAAAGCCAAGGCCACAGUCGACUCAGCUUAUGUCUACUCCAGAAGAGAGAGCCUUGAACGCGUGAAGAGGAGUGCAGCGAGUCCUUCAGAAGUCCUGCGUUUGUUGAAGCAGCCUUUUGGGCAGACCCGUACUGCUGUGCGUGCUGCUGACUAUAUGGAUAAUGCUAUUAGACUUGUCAAGAGAUCUUUGGAGAAACGUCAAAAACGCUCCAGCAAUAACACAGUUUCGCUCGCUGACGAGGAUCUGCACAUCAUUGCUCAACUGACAGGCUGUGCUUCCCAUCAUCGUCUCUAUGCUUGCUCGACCAGUGGCAAAGUAGACAAGUUUUACACUGCAGACAAUGCCUGCAACAACAAAAAACACCUCCAAUGGGGAGCCUCCAACACAGCUCUAGCCCGCUGGCUUCAUCCUGAGUACCAGAAUGGUUUAUCUCUGCCCAGAGGCUGGGACUAUUAUUACAGAUUCAACAACCACCGUCUUCCCUUGGUAAGGGAAGUGUCCAACACUCUAUUGCAAACAUCAAACUCUAAUGUCGAGAGCGACACACUCUACACUGGCCUACUGGUAACAUUCUCCCAGUGGAUUGACCACGACCUGUCCUUGACUCCUACCUCUCCUGUGAUCCGUUCAUUCAGUCUCGGUAAAGACUGCGACAAGAGCUGUGAUCGCAUAGAUCCCUGCUUCCCCAUUAAGAUUCCCAGCCAAGACCCACACCAUGGCACAAACUCAAAAAAGUGCAUGCCCUUCAUCCGCUCAGCACCAGCUUGUGGUUCUCACCACUCAUACUACUCCGUCCGUCAGCAGAUGAACGCUAUCACAUCUUUCCUUGAUGGAGGUCAGGUUUACGGUAGCGACGCUAACAGAGCACGUUUCCUACGCGACUUCGACUCAAAGAAGGGCCUGCUGAGGAUCAACAAACAGUACAAAGACGGUAACCGUCCUCUCAUGCCCUUCUCCACCAUGAUUCCCAACAUGUGUGCCACCAGAGUCCGCAUUACUGGUGACAGUACUGCAAAGGAGGUGCCCUGCUUUGAGGCUGGUGACACACGCUCCAAUGAGAACAUUGGUCUGUCGGCUCUUCACACACUGUAUUUACGUGAGCACAACCGUGUGGCACUUGCUCUGGCCAACAUCAAUCCUCACUGGAACGGAGACAGACUCUACCAUGAAGCGCGCAAGAUCAUGGCAGCAUACUUUCAGGUUCUCACUUUCAGAGACUUCCUACCUCUCAUUGUUGGUCCAGACUCCAUGGCCAAGUGGCUAUCCACCUACCCUGGUUAUGAUGAAAAAGUGGACCCCAGUAUCUCCAAUGUGUUCGCCACAGCUGCCUACCGAUUUGGCCAUCUGAUGCUUCAGCCUUUCAUAUUUCGUCUUAAUGAGCAGUACCAGGAGAGCACUGAGCACCCCAGUCCAUUGCUGCACAAAAGCCUCUUCACACCGUGGAGGAUCGUCUAUGAAGGUGGUAUUGACCUAUUUGUGAGGGGCCUGAUUGGUCGUCAGGCCAAGCUGAACACGCAGAGUCACAUGAUGUCUGAUGAGCUGAGGGAAAAGCUUUUUCAGUUCACCAGCAAGUUGGGACUGGAUCUGGCCUCGCUCAACAUGCAGAGAGGGAGAGACCAUGGACUCCCUGGCUACAACAAAUGGCGCAAAUUCUGUGGGCUGUCACAGCCACGCAAUCUGCCAGAGCUGACCGAAGUGCUGAAAAAUGCCACACUGGCCAAGAAGCUUCUGGAUCUCUACGGAACACCUGAAAACAUUGAUGUGUGGUUCGGAGGAGCGGCUGAGCCGUUUGUCAGUGGAGGAAGAGUGGGACCCCUGUUUGCCUGUUUGAUUGCCACCCAGUUCAAGAAGACCCGCCAGGGAGACCGACUUUGGUGGGAGAACAAUGGGGUCUUCACUGAGGCCCAGAAGAACUCCCUGAGGAAAACAUCACUUGCCCGCAUCAUCUGUGACAACACUGGUAUCACUGAUGUACCAGAAAACCCCUUCCUGUACCGGCCUCGAGGGUCCGGUUACACCCAGUGCAACAGCAUCAGUGUCUUUGACCUCAGUCCCUGGAAGGAGGAGGCACCAAGCUCAACUGGACCCCCAGGACCACUAGGACCCCAAGGACCCCAAGGACCACCUGGUCCGAGCGGCCCCCCUGGACCUCCCGGACUUCCUGGAGCUCCUGGACUUCGUGGACCUCCUGGACCUCCUGGACCUCCUGGCAUCAUGGUGAAAAUUGCCUUCUCUGUGCGACUGGGAUACAACGCCCCCAGACCCUGGUUGCCCAUCUCCUUCCAUGAGGUCAUCUACAAUGGACAGAACUGCUAUAACACAAAUACAGGGUAUUUUACUUGUAACCAUCCGGGUGUUUACGAAUUCCAGUUCCACUGCUCCAUCAAGAAGAAGGCUACAAGCUUGUGUCUGAUGCGUAACAAUCUCCGGAUUCUGCACUCAGUCACCACCAAGCAUAAAGGUUACAUCACAGUCAGUGGCCAAACCUACAUCAAGCUUGCGAGGGGAGACCAGGUCUAUCUGAUGUCCAAACGAGGUAACAGAGGUCUGACCAAGGACUGUGUCUUUUCAGGACAUCUGUUGUUCACAGAGUAGGAAAUUGUUGACUUGAUACAGCUGUUGACCCACGACAUCCUCAAAACACAGCAAAAAUAAAUCAGUUUUGACCAGUUAGUAGUUAGUUAGUUUAAUAUCUUAAAAUGGAGUUUUUUUUUGUAGUGGUCCUUUCUGUAUGUAUGUAUAUAUACAGCAGCGGGUGUUUUUUCUAGGCAAGAAAAAAAAACAAUUCUUUCUCUUUGACCAAACAUGGGUGUUCCAUGUACAGAAUGUACCAGGCAUUAACAAUCAUAAUAGCAAUUAUAUUAUUAAAGAACAACACGUUUGGCAUGAUUCGGUUCAACUAAUUAAGAAGUCACUUAGCUGUAGACAUAUUUGUCAUAGUCUUUUCCUUCGGUCUUAAAGUUGCUUCUUCAGUCGCCUCACCUGUUUCGCAUGCAGUGCGAAACUCAUUUUCUUUUGAAUGACUAAUUUAAUUGUCUUUACCUCUCUCCUGAAAAGUGUUCAAUGCAAUUUGUACAGCCCAUGUCUGGCAAAUGAAUGUAAACUGUGAUGUAAUCUUGAAAUAAGCUACAAGAGCCAGAGCUAUGAUUUUGAACUGAUUUUGGGGGAAAACAUUCUUGUUUUUCUGGAGUUUAAGCGUAAGUCAAUUUAAGUCUUACAUGAAUAAAUGAUUGUUGUACAGAUGAA